UUGGAGCAUAGCCCAUGUGUAUAGAACUCCAAAUUCCCGAGGAAGUAGCAAUUCCCGCGUCGACGGAGAUUCAAACUUGAAUGAACCACCGUCUCUCUGUCUAAUCCGUCUCAGUGAAUCACUGUUGCUCGCUCAAGUAGUUAAUAUGGAUCGCAAAGCAGCGUCAGGGGAGGUUGGCCUUUGGUCGGAAAUCAUUGCAUCGGAGUCGGAGGAACAUCAGUCGAGAAAGAGAGUCCAAGUCAUCUAUCAGAGAAGGCGGCCUAGCUCUCACAGUCUCACCACCCCUCAAGAAACUCUCUUGGUGGAGGAGGUCGCACCCAAUAACCGCAAUCGGCUGAGUUUGGCUGCUGCUAACAAGCGGGUCAGUUGGAAUCGCUCGCUUUCCACCAGAGGGAGAACGAGCAUUGCUGUUGCUCCUUGUGUGAAGAAUCAACCACAACAAAAACAGGCCAAGAAGAAGGGAAAACCACCUGUUCCUAAAGGAAAGCUUGCUGAACCUCCAAGCUUCGAGAAGGAGAAAGAAUACUUUCAAGAGGUUGAUGCCUUUGAGUUAUUGGAGGAGAGCCCGUCCCCAAAGAACUUUGGGACCUGGGCCCUGGGCAAUCAAAGUGUCACUGAUCCUGUUCCGCUCGUUUCGUCAAGAUUAGAGAAGUGGCUCUUUUCAAAGAAGUUAAACUUCAGCUGCGGGCCUUCUAGUACCUUGUCUAAAAUAUUAGAAACUCCAGCUGCUCCCUUGGAUUCCAUCUAUAGUGAUGAUUUGGAUUCUUCAAGGUUAAGAACUCCAGAAAAGAGCAUUCAAAUAUCUGCAAGUUCUGUUGAUGGAGGCUGUGAAUAUAUAAAUGCUGCCAUUAAGAAGCUUUCCUUGGCAACGUCAUCAGAUCUUGAUGGCGUUGAUCCAUUUUCUGCUUUACUUGAAAUUUGUCAGCAGUUAGCACCUCUAAGGUUUUUUGAAUUAUUCUCCAAAUAUUGUGAUCCAGAAAGUAUUACUAAAGUUGGCGAAGGUACUUAUGGAGAAGCCUUCAGAGCAGGCAAUACCGUCUGCAAAAUAGUUCCAUUUGAUGGAGAUUUUCCAGUAAAUGGAGAAGUACAAAAGAAAUCAGAAGAAUUGCUUGAGGAGGCUGUACUUUCACAAACUCUUAAUAGUUUACGAGAAUUUGAGAAUGGUGUUUUUAAUGCUUGCACGACCUUUAUAGAAACAAUUGAUUUAAAGGUUUGCCAAGGUUCUUAUGAUGCAGCAUUGAUUAGAGCUUGGGAAAAAUGGGAUGAAAAGAAUGACUCACAAAAUGAUCACCCCAAAGAGUUUCCUGAGAAACAGUGCUAUGUCGUGUUUGUUCUACAACAUGGGGGUAAAGAUCUUGAAAGCUUUGUACUCAAGAACUUUGAUGAAGCACGAAGUUUAUUGGUUCAGGUUACAGCUGCCCUGGCUGUGGCUGAAGCUGCAUAUGAGUUUGAACACCGUGACAUGCACUGGGGAAACAUACUUUUGAGCCGAAACGACUCUGUUACCUCAAAGUUUAUUCUUGAGGGCAAGCAAAUGUUCAUUAGGACAUUUGGGUUAUCGAUAUCAAUAAUUGAUUUUACACUGUCGAGAAUAAACACUGGAGAAAGCAUACUCUUUAUGGAUCUGUCAACGGACCCCUAUCUUUUCAAAGGUCCAAAAGGAGAUAAACAAUCCGAAACAUAUCGGAAAAUGAAGGAGGUUACAGAAGAUUACUGGGAAGGAAGUUUUCCCAGAACAAAUGUGUUAUGGUUGUUGUACUUGGUGGAUAUACUGCUGCUGAAGAAAACAUUUGUACGUUCUUCAACGAAUGAGAGAGAGUUGAGGUCUUUGAAGAAGCGUUUGGACAAAUGUAAUUCAGCUCGAGAAGCAAUAUUUGACCCUUUCUUUGGGGAUUUACUAGUGGACCAAACGAAACCUUGUGAAUAUCCCCGAGCCACGAGCCAUCCGGUGGGGUAUGACCAACAAAUUGCUUUCUAUCUUCUGACCAGGAAUUCGGAUGAUAUGUUCCAAAAGUUGUCGACAUAUAUGCACAUGACAUGGGUGAAUUUACAAAGUCCAAUUUUGCACUGCUGAUUGAAACAAGAACAUUACAGGGUUUUAGAAAGUAAGAGAACAUUAAACCAUGUUAGCUGCUGUUUUUAUCAGAAUCACAUAUUUAUAGAUGAUGCAUAAAUCUUCAGACCUUAUCAUGGGCAUGACAGGUGAAAGUUUUUCUUUCUCCCUCUUGUUUGCUUUCGGCUGAGAUCUAGUCAGAGAAGGUGCUUUUGAUUGUAUAGGUUUGAAAUAAGAGAAGCACAAUAGAUUUUUCCACAUGGGUUGUCCCCCCUCCUUCACAUAUGUUAGAAUAUCUCAAAAAAGAGACUAGUAAGUGGCACCAAUGACAUGGGUCGAAAGGAACUGUAGCCCAAAACAUCACUCGGUGCCAGUAAUGGCCUUGCCAUUGCUAGCUGCUGACAGGAGAGCUAAUCCAUUUUCCAAUUGUACAUACAAUUUUUUAGUUUGCAGAAUGUGGUGCUCCCCAAUUUGUUUUGUUUAAUAAAUGUUGGGUCUUUUCUUCAACACCCUCGGCUGGCAAGAAGCUCUGCAGCCCAAGAAUCUCAAUGAAGUUUGCAGACAUUGAUUGACUUCUGACAUCAUAUUUGUAUGAGAUCUUAUCUGAAGCAGGAAUAGCACUUGGAGCCUGCAAAAUACAGCAAACCUUUUGCUCCUUUGCCUUUGCCUUCCCCUUUCCCUUCUCUUUUUAUCUACAUUAAUUAAUUCGUGAGGCUUUUUCUGAGCUAAGCCAAAUUGACCAUGAUUUUCUCUUUUAGAUUGUCCAACCAAGUUCAAAUCUUUAAUUGCCCAUUUGGGAUUAGAUUAACUGUUGCCAAGUUCAAUUCUCAUUAA